UACUUCUUAUUGAAAAUGAAGAUAAAAAAGGAACUUAUUACUGCUGUUCAGUUACUAUUACUGUUACACCUCCUUUAUUGGAGCUUUACUUGGAACCUACCACCUGACUUUGAUGGAAACCAAAAGAAUGAGAUUGUCGGCAAAACUGCGAAAACAGGACCGACUAUUCCGCUUGUACUCAACAAGCGCGCAGUUCUCUUGGAAACCAUCAAAUACGUAAAACAAGUGAAAGAGGCGAAAUCACGCUUUAGAAGUGCAAUGAUACCAUCUUUUAACGAAUGGAAAGAAUCGGAAAUGAUGAAACAAGAUAAGGGCAGGAUCUCUAACAAAAAUCAUCACAAAAGGAAGAGGUCAAGAAGAAAGCUCAAUUAUGCGUCAUCCAAAUGUGGAGCUAAGAUUCUGUCAUCCAAUUCCGAAGCAAGACAUAGAUUAUCCAUCUUAAAUGAAAAAGCAGAUGAAUACAUGUUAAACCCAUGCAGAGUCAAACAGUGGUUUGUUCUCGAACUAUGUGAUACCAUUGAAAUUACACAGAUUGAACUAGCAAAUUAUGAACUCUAUUCGUCUUCUCUAAAAUCGUUUUCUGUUCUUUGGAGUGAUAUUUAUCCAACCCAUUCUUGGCGACUUUUGGGAUCCUUCGUCGCUAGCAACCGAAGAUCCAUGGAAACCUUUGAAAUCAUUCCACGUAAUUUGGGAAAAUUCAUCAAGAUUAUUAUUUUUAGCCACUACGGUAAAGAACACUACUGUACAUUAAGUACAGUUAGAGUCCUGGGAUAUUCCAUGAUGUACGGCUUUGAAGAGGCGGAUAGUACUGCAACUGAAACAACAGUUAUGGAUAUUAGUAGCAACACAACAACGGAGGAACUCAAACAAGAGAAGAAUUCUUCCUUUUUAGUCAAGAAUGAGGCCCAUAAUUCAUCAGCAGUGACUUUGAGGCAAAAAAACAAAACAUUGACCUACGUAAAAAUGAGCCAUUUUAUGAAGAGGAACGUGAAAAAGACAUACGAAAUCAGUCAACAUUCCCGUUUUCUCAACCUUGUGUAUCAAAAAACGAGCUCAAAUUCAGAUAUAUACCAUAAAACAAAUGCUGGAAAUUACACUGAUGAUAAUAUGUCGCAUACGAAAAAUACAAUUUCUGAAUGUUUCAACAACAAAAGUUCAAGCAGGGAUCUAUUUAUAAAUGCAAAAGACAAUGUAUGUUCAAAGAGCUACGAGUCUGUCAAGCACAAUCAAUCUCAUUCCAAAAAUAUUGACAACAGAUUCGUCAACCAAAGCAAAUUACCAAUCAAUGAAUCAGCUCAGGACGAUAAACUUACAGAAGCAAUCCAAUCAGUCGACCAAAUAGACACAAAAACGUUAAAGUACGAAGAAUUUAAAAGAAAUUACGCAAAAGUAGAGGACAUUCCUCCACAUAAAGAUGUCUCAUGCCAUUGCGAUAAUAAAAUAUCCGAUGCCAUCGAAUCAGAAAGAACUGAAAAAGCAUUCACCAGUAAACAAAGUGCAGUUGGCUAUGAAUCUUUUGAAGACAGUGCUGCCCUGAUCCAAAAGGAAUCUAUUCUAGUGAAAUUGAGCAGUAGGAUACAAUCUUCCGAAUUUAAUCUGAGUUUGAUCAACGUUUACCUGCAAGAACUCAGCCAAUCUUACAAGCAGCAAAUAGAGGACAUGCAUUCGAUGUUCAACGAGACGGUCAAAGCUAUAACAAGUGCGUCAGAUAAAGCGGUAUUAAUAGAUAAUCAUCAGCAGAAAGAAAUAGAGCAUUUGGAACAGAAAAUGACUUUUUUAAGUAACAAAGCUGCACAUUUACUGGCGGAGCAAAGUCACAUGGUCAGGCUUGUUAUUGAACUACAUGCCUUCUUUCUCAUCCUUGAAUUCAUCAUCAUUUCGACCAUCUUCACAAUCUUUAUGAACAAUUUUAAACAAACCAGACAUUUUCACGACAAAUCACAUUCUCAAAUAAGAAAGUAUUCAAAUAAAUAUCUAUCGUUUACUGUGCAAUAAAUUAGGUAUGGUUCGUAGCCUAAUAUCUUUCUCAUUUGUGACUCAGUUGACUCCAACUUUUGUACAUUCAUCGAAUGACUCAUAAAAAAUAAGAAGAAAUAAAUCCAUGUGAAAAUUUAAAUAUGUUUUUCUGCACUUUUAAUAAAGA